GAUAGCUCCAGAGUUGUCACAGCGAUUUCUCUACUUCAUCAGGUUUUUGGUGGUGUUUCUCCUCAACAAACGGAUAAUGAAAGUGGUCAGUGCCGCCUGCUCGCUCAAGCGCCAGGGCUGCACCCAGGAAGUGGUGCGCUGCCUGUCGGAGCAAAGCAUCGCGAUCGCUAAGUACAAAGUGUCCCCGCUCCUGGACGAGCAGAUGAGCAUGUUCCUGUACGACAUGAACGGCUGCUACACCAAGCUGAAGGAACUGGUCCCCACGCUCCCCCAGAACAAAAAAGUCAGCAAAGUGGAGAUCCUGCAGCAUGUCAUCGAUUAUAUCUGGGACUUGCAGCUCGAGUUGGACGAUCAGUCGGGAAUGGGUUGUCAGGCAGCCGCUGGAACCGCAGGCCAGUCUCGGACACCUCUCAGUGCAGAUGUUACAGGAUUGUCAGCGGAGGCUCCCUGUGUGAGCAGUGAUGACAGAAUUCUGUGUCGCUGAAUGGAUUCACUUUACUUGCAGGUAUUCCAGAUGCUAAAAUAUAACAUGAUCCGGUGGUGCUGGAUUAACAGUACAUCCAUCCCGCAGUCCCUGGGAGAGGGAAAAGAGGAGAGCUGGAAGAAAUUAAAAUAGUCAGUGCUCCUGAGAUGCUGCUUGGCCUGCUGUGUUCAUCCAGCCUCAUUUUAUUAUCAUGUUAUUGGGACUAAUGUCUUUGAUCACGGCACCAAGCGAGAGCAGAUCUUGAGUUGAUCGCCAGGCUCCAGGACUCUCGGCCCUUUUAUUUUAGUCUUCCAUCUGAACCCAGGUGGACGCGGGAACUAGGCGGAAGCACAGCAAAGUUUAGUAACUCUUCCUAGCGACGUGCCUAGCAACAGAUUUAACUGCGUAUAGCCGCGCCAUCUCUUCUCAAAAUGUGUUGUGUGCGCGCGAAAUGCCACUACUCCACAGGCCAUUAACGAGACACGCUGGACUCUAGAAUUGAGAUUGUAUAUUGCAUCCUUAGAGAUCUAUGGGGGUGAUUCAGUUGUAAGUUUUAUACUUUGUAAGUGUGUAUUGAAUUGUUUACAACAAUGUUGUACUAAAGAUGAUUUUUUUAUUGAUUUUUUUGACGAAUUGAUUAAAAUAAAAACUAGUCAAAUAAUUAAA